GAAGAAGAAGCAACAUAUCCAAAUCUUCACCGUGUCAUCACCAUCAUCAUCAUCAUCAUCCUUCGUCCAUUUCUCUCUCUCUAGCUCGGUCGCUCGGUCGCUACAGACAAGCAGUACAUUCGCGCAAACCGUUGGAGCUCUUCCUUACAUGACAAGCCAAGUGUCAGCUCCGCCACCAAACGCCGACAAUCACUUCGAGGGUUUUGCGAUCGCGCGCGUUUUGGGGCCGUUGCCGAGAUGGCGUCCUUCCUCAAAAUGUUCUACCGGAAGCCGCCCGAUGGGCUUCUCGAGAUCUGCGAACGGGUUUACGUAUUUGAUUGCUGCUUUGCUACUGAUGUGUGGACUGAAGAGGACUACAAGGUUCAUAUGCAAGGAAUAGUUAGUCAGUUUCAAGAUCACUUCCAUGAGUCUUCUAUUCUGGUGUUCAACUUUCGUGAAGGAGAGGAGCAAAGCAAACUGGCUAACAUUCUCUCUGAGUAUGAUAUGACCAUCAUGGACUACCCCAGGCAGUACGAGGGCUGCCCUGUGCUGACAAUGGAGAUGAUUCAUCAUUUUCUGAGAUCAUGCGAGAGUUGGCUUUCUCUUGGGCAGCAUAAUUUGUUGUUAAUGCACUGUGAACUUGGUGGUUGGCCAGUUUUGGCCUUCAUGCUCGCUGGUCUUCUAAUUUAUAGGAAGCUAUACAGUGGCGAGCAAAAGACAUUGGACAUGGUUUACAAGCAGGCUCCACGUGAGCUUUUGGACUUGUUGUCGCCACUUAAUCCCAUCCCUUCUCAACAGAGAUAUCUACAGUAUGUCUCGAGGAGGAAUGUGGCCACUGAAUGGCCUCCUUUGAACAGAGCGCUCACUUUAGACUGCAUUAUCAUCAGAUCCAUUCCAAAUUUUGAUGGGGAGGGUGGAUGCCGCCCUAUAUUCAGGAUUUAUGGGCAAGACCCCUUUCUCGAAUAUGAUCGCACUCCCAAAGCAUUAUUCUCCACUUCAAAGAGAAGCAAAGCAGUUCGGGUUUACAAGCAGGCAGAAUGCGAGUUAGUUAAGAUUGACAUAAACUGCCAUAUUCAAGGAGAUGUUGUCCUUGAGUGCAUACAUUUAUUCGAAGACUUGGAACGGGAAAAGAUGAUAUGCCGAGUCAUGUUCAAUACGGCUUUCAUCAGGUCAAACAUUUUGAUGCUUAAUCGUGAUGAAAUUGAUACCUUAUGGGCAGCUAAAGAUCUAUUUCCAAAGGAAUUCAGAGCAGAGAUCCUCUUUUCUGAGAUGGAUUCCACUGCUUCCGUUGUUCCCGUAGAUAUUUCAUGCUUUGAGGAGGAGGGCCUUCCAAUAGAAGCAUUUGCUAAAGUUCAGGAAAUUUUUAGCCAGGUAGAGUGGUUGUCUCCCAAAACAGAUGCUGCUAUUAAUGUCAUCCAGAAAAUUAAAGUUUCAAAUAUAAUUCAAGGAAAAUCGAAUGCUGAUUCUCUACAUGCUCCUGAAAGUUUCCCCUCGUCAGCUAAAAAGAGUCCUGAAAGUAUCAGAGAAGAAAGUGUUGAAAAGAUGUUAGAGGGUCAAUCAGUUUCCCAAAAGCCUUCUCCAGAGAGAAGAGUGGAGGCUACUCAGACUACCAAGCGUUCUGCAGAUUACAUUGAUUCUGUGCAAGCUUCAAAUCUGAUGAUGCCAAAAGAAGAGACUGCACCUCUUGGUCUCGCAUUUGAAAGUCAAAUUGGCGAUCUUGCCUCAUCUAAGAGUAAUGCAGAAAGCCCAGCGACAGUAUCCUCUGACCAAGCGGUCAAAACCACAUCUCAGAACCUUUCCAUUGAGCAUCUAGGACCUAAAAGUGUCUUAGUUUCACCUCCAACACCUCCUCCGCCUCCUCCUCUUCGACCUGGUUUUUCUGCUUCCAGCUCUUCUCCUCUGACAUCUCAUUAUCCCUUGUCUUCAAAAGCAGAAGAUUCACUUGGGGAUGAGAUAAAUUCUCACAUACAGGGAAAGGAGGAGUCUACUUCAGCUCACCCAGUACCACAUUCUCCUCCCCCUCCUCCACCUCCACCUCCUCCACCACUAUCAGGUUUGAGACCAACAGCUUUAGUCAGUGAAGACGUCACUUCUGAUUUACAUGAUAUGAACAAGCAUUUUUCAGACAGCUCUGUAGCAGACCUACUUUCUCCUCCUCCUCCUCCUCCUCCUCCUCCUCCUCCUCCUCCACCACCACCUCCUCCUCCUCCUCCUCCUCCAGUUCCUUCUUCUGCUCAGGAGCCAUCUUCAAAGACAUCAACACCGCCUCCACCACCAACGCCGCCGCCGCCACCACCGAUACCUCCUUUGAAGGAGAAUCAACCGGCGAAUGUGAGACUUCCACUGCCCCCGCCACCUCCUCUUCAUUCUGGGCAAGCUCUGGGUCCUAAAGUUCCCCCUGCCGCACCACCAACACCCCCUCCUGCCCCUGUCAUGGCCAAACAGUCUGAAGCUACAAUGAUGAACUCUCCACCUGUUCCUUCUGCACCCCCUCCUCCUGUUCCUUUUGGUAAAGGUGUACCGAAGACUGGUGGAGGACCUCCUCCUCCAGGACCACCAUUGAGUGCUUUGAGCACUGAAAAGGGACGAGGCUUACGUACUAUAAAUUCAAAGAGUAGCAACAUGAAAAAACUAAAACCUUUACAUUGGUUGAAGUUAUCGAGAGCUGUGCAAGGAAGCAUCUGGGCUGAAACUCAAAAAUCUGGAGAAGCUACCAAGGCUCCGGAAAUUGACAUGUCUGAGCUGGAAACUCUUUUCUCAGCAUCUGUGCCUGUUUCAGAUCACAGCAGGAAAAAAAGUGCACGUGGCUCAGAUGCACACAAGGCAGAUAAAGUGCAACUGAUUGACCACAGGCGAGCAUACAACUGUGAGAUUAUGCUUUCAAAGGUCAAAGUACCAUUGCAUGAAUUAAUGAACUCAGUACUUGCUCUAGAAGAUUCUGCAUUGGAUGUUGACCAGGUGGAAAACCUCAUAAAGUUUUGCCCAACAAAAGAGGAGAUGGAAUUACUUAAGGGCUACAAAGGAGAGAAAGAAAAAUUAGGAAGAUGCGAACAGUUCUUUUUAGAAUUGAUGCAAGUUCCCCGAGUUGAAUCCAAACUAAGAGUUUUUUCAUUUAAGAUACAGUUUUCAACCCAGGUUGCUGACCUCAGAAACAACUUGAAUAUAGUGAACUCUUCUGCUGAAGAGAUCAAGAAUUCUGCAAAACUGAAGAGGAUUAUGCAGACGAUACUCUCACUUGGGAAUGCCUUGAACCAGGGGACCGCCAGGGGUUCUGCUAUUGGCUUUCAGUUGGAUAGCUUGCUCAAGCUAACUGACAUGCGUGCUCGGAACAAUAAGAUGACUCUCAUGCAUUAUCUCUGUAAGGUGAUGAUUGCUAGCUCUGGCCAGAGGCUGACGACAAAAGUUUUGCACUAUUUAUCUGAAACUUAAUCAUCAGGCAUAUAUUGAAUAGGCACUUAUUCUCCUCAUGAAGAGGUCAUGCCAGGCUUAAAACUCAUAUUCCGAUGACUGAAAACUGCUCAAUAUAUGAAUGUUAAGAGUUUGGAUUUGUGCAGAGUAGUGACAAAUAAAUUGUGGCUUGAGAAGGACAACAUAAGAUGAAGGAAAAUGAGGCUAGAGGUCCCCUGAAAUUUGAAUAUGGCUUUAGAAAUUUGAUGAUGAAAUAUGGUUCUCUUUCCUGAUUUUUAUCCUGAAGUUGGUCUGUAUAGUCAUUUUCUUUUAUGGAUUUAUAAAAUAUGCUCUUGAGCUAGUGCCUUGUUAAUAUCUGAUCUUACAUAGACCUUCUGUCAGUUUAGUUUAUGUUAUUCCUUUUAUUCAUCAGAAUGAAAUAAACUGACACAAGGUGUUCUCCUCCUCCGGUUACUUGUGAACUACCACAGCACUGUGGCAUGUGGAUUAAAUGAUCUGCAGACGAUAAUUAGCACGAGUUGUCAAAAACUAAAGUUUGAUGUUGAUAUGAACUUUUAAGAACUGCUGGAUACAGUUUAAUGACAGAUGUAUGAAUAUGACUGUUUUCGUGGAAAGGAAUUUGUGAAGGUCAUUAUCACUCUAUUUAUUAAUCCUUCUUGGGCCUUUGCCUUGGUGACAUGGUUUAUGUGCCGUGUGUUUGUUUAUUCUGGUUUGUAUUUUACUUCUUCAUUUCAUCCAAAUGACGAUGUAUACAUCCAUUUUUAUUCUCAGCAACUCCAGUGUGUUU